AUGGCCGAUCAAGAACCCUCCACCCCAAACCCGGAGUCAACUACUACCCCCAACAAGCCCAAGCGUGCCCCUCCCAAGCUAGGCAAGAAGUCCCCUGCCAAGCAAGAACAGACCCCGCCGCCUUCAGAGCAAGGUCAGGAAGAAAGCUCGGAGAACCAAGAUAAAGAAGAGAAGCAAGAGCCGGAGCCUCACAAGCAAGAGCCUGACUCUGAGAACGAAGAUCAAGACCAAGACGAAGAUCAGCAAGAGCAAGAGCAAGAGCAAGAGCAAGAGCCAGAGCCAGAGCAAGAGCCAGAGCAAGAGCCCGAGCCCGAACCAGAACCGGAGCCCCAGCGUCAACCUGAACGUCGUCGCAGACGCCCUCGUCGCCAACAAGAAUCAGACGUUGAGUCUAUCCCCCGCAACAUGGAUGGUGAACCACAGCAACGUCAGCGCACUCGUCGCACACGCCGGCCCCAACAGGAACAAGCUGGCGAUGCAGGUCCCCUUGGUGGCCUCGGUGGUGUAGACCAGGCCGGUCAGCUCGUGCAGAACACAGCUGGUAACGCCUUGAACGGAGUCACCGGGUCGGCCGGCAAGGCCGUCGGUGGUAUUCUGGGCGGAGGCCAGAAGGAAGAGAAGGAUGAUGGCGGUGGCCGCGACGAGCAGCUUCGCUUGCGACUGGAUUUGAAUCUGGAUAUUGAGAUCCAGCUGAAGGCCAAGAUUCACGGUGACUUGACGCUAGGAUUGCUGUCAGUAUUACCCUUUUCUUGA